CUUUAUGCAGGCCGAAAUCCAAACUUUGCACAAUGCUACUUCAACGGUAGCAAUUCAGAGUCUCAAAGUCUUCUCACCCAGCCUCGCUCCAUUUCACCAUUCCUGAGCUCGUUCGCUCAACAAGGUGACAGAGGGAAAUGGCCCAAAUGGGAACUUGCUCGCUUUCCAAGCUGCUGUUUUUCUUCUUCACAACCUUGCUUCUGGUGUCUCAGUUGAUUCAAUGCAGCAUUACCUACGACAAGAAGGCUAUCAUCAUCAACGGGCAAAGGAGAAUCCUCAUCUCCGGUUCUAUUCACUAUCCCAGAAGCACCCCUGAAAUGUGGGAAGAUCUUAUAAGGAAGGCUAAAGAUGGAGGUCUGGAUGUUAUAGACACCUAUGUUUUUUGGAAUGGUCAUGAACCUUCUCCUGGCAAUUAUAAUUUUGAGGGGAGAUACGACUUGGUGCGAUUCAUCAAGACUGUACAGAAAGUGGGGUUACAUGUUCAUCUCAGGAUUGGACCUUACAUCUGUUCGGAGUGGAAUUUUGGAGGGUUUCCAGUUUGGCUUAAGUAUGUUCCUGGUAUCAGCUUCAGAGCGAAUAAUGAGCCUUUCAAGAUGGCAAUGCAAGGUUUUACUCAGAAGAUUGUCCAAAUGAUGAAGAAUGAAAAUUUGUUUGCCUCACAAGGUGGCCCCAUCAUCCUCUCUCAGAUUGAGAAUGAAUAUGGGUCUCAGAGUAAAUCACGUGAUGGUGCUGCAUACAUUGAUUGGGCUGCAAAAAUGGCUGUGGGACUGGAUACCGGAGUCCCGUGGGUGAUGUGCAAGGAAGAUGAUGCCCCAGACCCUGUGAUAAAUACAUGUAAUGGUUUCUACUGUGAUUAUUUUUCUCCCAACAAACCUUACAAGCCUACAUUGUGGACAGAGGCUUGGAGUGGCUGGUUUACAGAGUUUGGUGGUGCAAUUCACCAGCGACCAGUCCAAGACUUAGCAUUUGCAGUUGCUCGCUUCAUACAAAAGGGUGGUUCAUUUGUUAAUUACUAUAUGUACCAUGGAGGGACCAAUUUUGGACGCACUGCUGGGGGACCAUUCAUUACAACCAGUUAUGACUAUGAUGCUCCAAUUGAUGAAUAUGGUUUAAUCCGGCAACCAAAAUAUGGUCAUCUGCAGGAGCUUCACAAGGCUAUUAAGCUAUGUGAACAUGCUUUAGUUUCUUCAGAUCCUGUUGUUACUUCAAUUGGAACCUAUCAGCAGGCUCAUGUAUUCUCUUCAGGGCAAGGAAAUUGUGCGGCUUUUCUCUCCAAUUUCCAUGCAAGCUCUGCUGCUACAGUUAUUUUUAAUAACAGACACUAUAACUUACCCUCUUGGUCUAUUAGCAUCCUUCCAGAUUGCAAAAAUAUGGUGUUUAAUACUGCCAGUGUUGGAGUUCAAACUUCAGGAAUGCAAAUGUUACCCACCAAUUCCAUGAUGUUCUCAUGGGGGACAUAUGAUGAGGAUAUCUCUUCCCUGGGGGAAGAUUCAACAAUUACAGCUGCUGGACUCUUGGAGCAGAUAAAUGUUACCAGAGAUAGCAGUGACUAUCUAUGGUACAUAACCAGUGUUGACAUUAGUCCAUCAGAAUUAUUUUUGCAACGGGGACAAAAGCCUACUCUCACAGUGAAUUCAGCUGGUCAUGCUGUUCAUGUCUUCAUCAAUGGACUGUUUUCAGGGUCAUCUUUUGGGACCAGGGAGAACAGGGAAUGUAAAUUUUCAGGACCAGUCCACCUACAAGCUGGAACAAAUCGAAUUGCACUUCUAAGCAUUGCCGUUGGAUUGCCGAAUGUUGGACUCCAUUAUGAGACUUGGAACACAGGAAUUCGAGGUGUUGUGCUCAAUGGUCUGGACCAAGGAAACAAAGAUUUGACAUGGCAGAAAUGGUCCUACCAGGUUGGUUUGAAAGGAGAAACAAUGAAUUUGGUCUCUCCAAGUCAGGACUCACCUGUUGAUUGGAGCCGAGGAUCAUUGGCUGCCCAAAACAACCGGCCUUUGACAUGGUACAAGGCAAAUUUCAAUGCACCAGAUGGAGAUGAACCAUUGGCUUUGGAUAUGAGGAGUAUGGGAAAAGGUCAAGUAUGGGUGAACGGGCAGAGUAUAGGAAGAUACUGGAUGGCUUAUGCCAAGGGUGACUGCAAUACUUGCAGCUACUCUGGGACAUACCGGACUACAAAAUGCCAGAGUGGAUGCAACCAGCCAACCCAGCAAUGGUACCAUGUUCCAAGAUCCUGGUUAAAGCCAAAACAGAAUUUGUUAGUAGUUUUUGAAGAACUUGGUGGGGAUGCAUCAAAAAUAUCUCUUGUGAGGAGAUCAGUGACCAGAGUAUGUGCUGAUGCAUAUGAAAAUCACCGUACUAUUGAAAACUAUAGUAUUGAAAGCAAUAGAGAACCAAAGGUGCUUCAAGGGGCCAAAGUUCAUCUGCAAUGCACCACAGGGCAGUCGAUAUCAUCUAUUAAGUUUGCAAGCUUUGGAAAUCCAGCUGGAACCUGUGGAAGUUUACAGAAGGGAACCUGCCAUGCACCAAAUUCUCUAGCGAUUUUAGAGAAGGAAUGCUUAGGAAAGGAGAGCUGCUUGGUUAACGUAUCCCAUGGAAAGUUUGGAACAGAUCCAUGUCCAAAUAUGUUAAAGCGGUUAUCAGUUGAAGCUGUUUGUUCUACGUCAAGCACAACCGCCCAACCAAACUCAAGGUGAUCAAGAUACCCUUAUGGGAAGAGGUUAACAUCCCAAUUAAGUAACAUUGUUCAUACACCAUGUUGAGGGAUGGAGCUUGGGAAAGGAGCCAAGAAGAAAACAAGAACUAAGAGGUGAUGAUCCUCCUGUUUCAUUAUCUCAAUGCUCUUUUUAUAAUUGUUCCCAGCAUAUAGUUAAAAGAUGUUAGAUUCAGGUAGUUAUUAGGUUUAGGAUGGUUGGCUUAUGAGAAGUACCUGUCAGUGGCUCUCAUGGUAAAGCUACUAUUCCUAGCCUUUCAGGAAAAGAUUGUCACUUAAUAAUUCUUGUAAUGUAAAGCUACAAGGAAUAAUGGUGAGAAAGGGUGUUUGGUUUUAUAGUGUAGAGGCAGAUGCGUUCUAUUACUC